AUGACCAAGCAUAACUUUAGAGAAAGAAAAAGGAGGGAGGAGCAAGAAAUUGUUACCUACGGGCUGAGUGUAUUCGGUCAUUGGAAUAACUCCUCCAAAAACAAGUGUAAUAGUAUAGGCAACUUGCAUAUCAACUUCUAUAGCCAAGAUAGGUUGUUUUUGUUUGUUGUGUCAAUAUCCUGGUUUGGUUCAUACAUGGAUAAAGAAGAGGUCUUGGAAUUAGGUGGUGGUGAUCAUGAAGGCUUCGGACGGCAAAGGCCUUCUUAUGUUCAUGAGGUGGAAGCUUUGAUGAGGUGGGGAAAUUAUGAUCCGGAGCGACUUCCUUACUUAUCAUGCUUGCGUUAUUAA